AUGCUCCUCUUGCUGGCCGUCCAGACCCUCAUCACGACCGUCCUGUGGAACUCAGCCAUCCAUACACACCUCCUAGUCGCAAGUGCCAUCGGCAUGACGCUGUACUGGGCUAGUGUGUUGUAUAUACCGUCGGCAGGUGAGUUGUUGAUGGCGAAGGGGUUUUGGGGUGUGGAUUUGAACAAGCAUCCGAAGGAGCAAAUUGAUACCAUACGAAGUGGGUCAUCUGAUCCCGAGGUUGUGAAAGCGACCAAGAUGAAGCGAAUUCCUGAGAGUCUCGGAGUAGUGACGGCGUUUGCAUACUUUAUUGGAGUCUUGUCCUUUUACGGCUACUUGCGUGUCGCCAUGAACUGGGGUGUGGAGAAGGUAUUGCGCGUUGACGACUACAUGUGUGGUGCGUUGACUAUUAUAUUUACUACCUUUUUGGGGUUUGUGGACGAUGUAUUAGAUCUACGAUGGCGCUACAAGAUCUGGUUACCGUACGUGGCGGCAAUUCCGCUAAUUGUGACCUACACUGGUCCGACACACAUUCGGCUACCGCGGAUUCUGUUGCCUUGGUGGCUCAGGGACCGUCUUGUUUCUGGGGACAAUAUUACCUCUCUCGGCUUUUCCGGUUCUCCCGGUUCUCCGGGUUCUCCCGGUUCUCCGGGUUCUCCGGGUUCUCCGGGUUCUCCGGGUUACUAUGAGAUUGAGCUGGGGCUUCUGUACUACGUGUAUAUGAUCAACCUGUCUGCGUUCUACUCGAACGCGAUAAAUAUUUAUGCCGGCAUCAAUGGUUUAGAGGCUGGUCAGGCACUAAUAUGUAACCUCUUCAUCUUAGUUCAUAAUGUCAUCGAGUGUUUCACAGGACCACAGGACCAGGCCUCCUCACAUGCCGUCUCACUGAUCUACGCCAUUCUCUUCAUGUACGUUACAACAGGGCUACUGUAUUACAACCGUUACCCAUCUCGAGUGUUUGUUGGCGAUACAUUUACUAUGCUAGCAGGAAUUCAUUUGGCUGCAUGCGCUAUCAUGGGACACUUUGCGAAAACUCUGCUUCUCUUUUCGAUACCGCAAAUAUUCAACUUCGCCAUUUCCCUACCGCAGCUACUAAAGUUAGUCCCAUGCCCAAGACAUCGGAUACCCACAUAUGACCCUGAUACUAAGAAAUUAACGUCAUCUAAAAACUGGACACUCAUCAACCUCGUUCUAGAAGUCUUCGGUGACAUGACCGAGAAGAGACUCGUGUUCGUACUUCUUGCAUUACAAGUUGCUUCCGGAAUUGUUGGACUGGCAAUCAGAUACUCACCAGUAUACAAUGUCAUCUUCCAAUAA